CUAUUUUUCUAAGAAACGGUGAUAUUUGUAGACGUGGGAAAAAUAAAUAUAAUUCUUGAUUAUAUUAUCUUUAAUAACACAGCUUUCGAUACACGAUUCAUAACACUUCGCUCGAUACAAUUUAUUCCCAAAGUAACCUCCAAUUCGAAUUUUUACUCCAACUUUACUCGUUUCUUUACUAUGUGACACUAUGAAACAAAAAAAGGAGAAAAAUCAAUCAUAACUAUAACAGUAAUUUGACAGCUUUAGAAAAACGAUAAUUAGAGGCAAUAUUUUUAAAAUAAAUAAACAUCAACUAAUUCUAUCGUAACAAAAUAUCGACUCCGGCCUGCAUGCUCUAUCUCCGUCCGUCUUUCGAAAUGAGACAGUGAUGGCUGAGCGCUCGUGCCAGACGGACCUGUACUAGGUGUCCCCAAAACAAAUAUAAGAUUUACUUAUAAAAACUGUGCUGUGUUGUGUGUCCUAGUGAUAUACCGUGUGCACCAAAACCUUUAAGUUAUAAUGGGUAACAAGCAAUUGAAUAAAAAGAAGACAUCUCGAAAAAGACAACUCGGAAGAUUCCAACAAACAAUGGAACUAACGAAAAGAAGAAAAUUGGAUAAUUUCACAGCCGAACAUGAUACUAUAUCUUUAGACUACAUCGAACUGCAAAAUAUGGAAAUGGAAUCUCCGAUUUCAUCAACCACUGACAUUCAAAGUAACGAUGAGGCGACCAGCUCAAACAUUUUGAACCCACGCAUUGCACAGCUGGAUGACACUUAUCGGGUUCCUAGUCUAUUAGAGGAAGAAGAUACCCAUGAGGUAGGUGAUUCAUGCUAAUUAUACUUAUUGAUUGUAUGCAGAGAACAAUUUUACCUUUUGUACUAACUACCUAGCUAGAAUAACAUUGUUUCAACUUCGUGUGCCAGAAUUCCAUCGUAAAUUGAUUUAUCACACGAUUCGUAG